AUGGCCUCUGGUGCUGUAUUCGUCCUCCCGGGCGACGAGGUCGACGCCUCGCUCGUCCCCUCGCAUGCCAAAAAACCACUGCGUCUAGGCCCUGGUCUGCGUCUCGUGCCGCCCAACGAGAUUCUCCCGACGCUGGCGGGCCAGCUCAUCAGCGAUAGGCAAAAGAAUGCGAUGCGCGUUGAGACAUCGGCGGGAAGGUACAUCCCGCGUGUGGGCGAGCUCGUCAUCGGGACCGUCCACAAGAGCACCGCCGACGUCUACUACGUCCACCUCUCCGACCAUACCGCCCCCGUACUCCUCCCCCAGCUCUCCUUCGAGGGUGCAUCAAGAAAGACGCGGCCGGUGCUCGCCCCUGGCGCCCUCGUCUACGCCCGCGUCAGCCUCGCCAACAAGCACAUGGAUGCCGAGAUCGAGUGCGUCUCGGCCGCGACGGGCAAGUCGGACGGCCUCGGUCCCCUCAGUGGUGGCAUGCUCUUCCAUAUAUCGCUCGACAUGUCGCGUAGGCUCAUGAUGCCGAAGCCGGCUGAGGCUGGCAAGGUCGUUGUUCUCGAUGAGCUGGCCGGCCUUGGUCUUCACUUCGAUACAGCCACGGGCAGGAAUGGCAGGUUUUGGGUCGACAGCGACAAUGUCAAGACGGUCAUGGCCGUCGGCAAGGCCAUCCAGGAGACGGACAAGAAAAGGUUGGCUGUGGAGGAGCAGAAGAAGCUUGUGAGGCGGCUCAUCAAAGAACUGAGCUAA